AUGCUGCUGCUGAUGCGGGUCGUGUUGCUCUCAGCGCUCUGCGCCGUGGUGCUCGGCUGCCCCACCAUUGUCUCUCGCUCCCAGUGGAGGGCCCGGACCCCGAGAAGCAGGGUCCCGCUGAAAACCCCGGUGCCCUUUGUCAUCAUCCACCACACGGCAGGAAACCGCUGCUACACACAGGCCUCCUGUAGCCAGCAGGUCCGGGGCAUCCAGAACUACCACAUGGGUUCAAACGGCUGGUCCGACAUCGGCUACAACUUCCUGAUCGGCGAGGACGGCAGAGUCUACGAGGGCAGAGGCUGGAGCACCGUGGGGGCCCACGCCAGGAACUGGAACUCUAGGUCGCUGGGAUUCAGUUUCCUUGGCACCUUCACCA